AUGAACGCCCCCUUCUCUGCACCGUUGGGACCUGUAAUAGCCGACGACGCCGACGACAACAUCGCUUUUGGGACCGAAGAGUAUUCCCAGCCCCACUGGUCUGUCGAGACUACGCGCAUGAACGAUACCUUUACUCUCACCUUCGACAACUCCACCCUAGGAACACAGCCAAACAGCCGUAUCAUCAUGGUAGAUGACACCAUGCACCAAGUCAAAUGGUCCCUCAAGGUAGAUCCCCAGCAGAAAGUUGGGAUUGUAAAAGUUACCUGGCUAGGUCAGAUAGGUAGUGAGAAUCAGACGAUCGAUCAGGCGGCUGCCAAUUCGGAAGAGUCAACCCCACAACCGGUCGAGGCCUCUCGGGCGACGACUCACGCCAUGCUGAGAGGUCGGAUCAGCGCCGAGCCUAUGACAUUGGGUCAGGACAGUGUCUUCCUGCCAGUCGGCGAACUGAGACAAGGCAAAAACCUGUCGCGCUAUGAAAGCAGGGACAUGUAUCUGACGGUUGAGUGGGAGUCGAGCAAUGGAGCCCGCAGUACAACAAGCGGGGUGUUCACUGUUCUAGACGGCUUUGACAAGUAUAACGAUACUGUAAAGAGACUUCGUGGCAUGAUGGCCACGGAUUCGAAGAACUUUGGCGAGGAGGGCCCCUCCAGCUCGGAAUCGGGCUCGGAUACUGCCUCGGGGCCAACAGCGUCCGUCGUCGCCACGACUACCCUCACACCCACCAGCCCAUCGCUCGAGACCAGCGGGAAUAGCAACAGUGGAAGCGUCAGGUCUGGCCUCCCUGCCGGUGCCAUUGCCGGUAUUGUCAUCGGAUCGGUGCUUGGCCUCGCUCUAAUCGCCUUCCUGGUCUGGUUCUUCCUCCGUCGGCGCCGUCGCGCGGGCCACGUCUCGAACGGCGUCUACGGCUCCGAUCACGGUCCUCAAGAAUACCUCGCCGACAAGGAGAACCGCGCCCACGCCACAGAGUCACCGCACUCCCCCUACUCCGACGACGGACAGAACGCCCAGCACGUGCCGGAACAGCAGCACCACAUCCAACGGGGUAGUGGCCAAGAAGCUGGCGUGCCCGCCUCUGUCGUCAGUGCUACGGAGCGUCGCAUACUGUCGCCGUACAGCGUGGAGGAGCAAACGCCCAUCGUCGCGAGGUCUGUGGAAGACAUGACCCGCAACGGCGCACGAUCGUCGACGCCAAACGUCAACGCAAACGUCUCGCAUCUGAUCGAAGAUGGAAUGACAGAGGACGAGAUACGGCGACUGGAGGAGGAAGAGCUGGCGUUAGACGUCGCAAUCGAGCGGGCUGGCCAGGGACAGCGUCAGGGACAGGAGCAGGGGCAACGUUGA